AUGGUGCGGAUCAAAUAUGGAUUGGAUGAUGAAAGCCUUGCAAAGUACAAAGCGACAUUACUUGGGACCUCGCCAACCGAUAUUAUUGUUGACAGUUCAAAUCCGAAAAUUGUGAUUGUCAAAUCGAUUACGUUGCUCGUUCCUGGACGUGAAGACGUCAAAAUGGAGCUUGACAACGCAGGUGCUCUAGGAGAUGCGACAUUUAGGCUGAAAGAAGGCUGCCAAUAUAGACUUCGCUUCGAUUUUUAUGUUCAACGUGAGAUUGUUACUGGUCUUAAAUACGUGCACAAAGUGAGCCGCCACGGAGUACAAGUUUUGAAGGAAAACUUCAUGGUUGGAUCGUACGCUCCGAAAAAGGAACUCCAAAGCUAUACCACUCCCGUCGAGGAAGCUCCCUCUGGCAUGCUCCACCGUGGCAAGUACAAGGUAAAGUCACAGAUGACCGAUGACGAUGGUCAUGAUUGGUUGACAUGGUCAUGGACGACGGAGAUCUCGAAAGACUGGUAG